CGGCCUAGUCUCCCUCAGGGAGGCCUGGGGUUGCCAGGGAAACGGCGGCUUCUCCUAGGCCUUUCUCUCUCGUUGGCCUGAGAGCCGUCGCUCUACAGGAGUUAGGAGCCUGAUGUGGAGGACAGCCAACGCUAAGUGUUCAAAGCUGGUGACAAAGUGGCCUUUCAGUGGGCGUUGGAAAGGAAGUGACGCUGGGGGAAGAAGAGUCGGAUGUUACAAAUUAAAGGACAUUUGAUUCAUACCCUUUACGAGGCCACGCUGGACCCCAGUAGUGAGAGCGCAGUCAUGCCAGCUAAACUGCUCAGAGUCAUGGCCAGAGCUCCCUUCCCUUUCGCAAGAACGUGCCAGUGCCGAAAUCUCCAUAAAUUGCCUCAUCCAAUAUUAAAACUACCAGAGGGAGCGGAAAAGACGGCAUGCAAAACUCUAGCGACAAAUUGGAAUUCGGAUUUGCCCAUUCCAGAGGCAGCAACCGUUUGCUUGAAAAUUUCAGGGGCCCGGGAAAUGAACUGGAAAAUGUCACUACCUUCUCCACCGAAGACCGCGCCCUGCCAAAUUGAACAAGUUCGUCCUGCGUCUGUGAGAACUUUUGGCUUUUCCGGGACUGGGACUCACAGACGGGCCUUUUUCUCUACCCGAUGGCCGAUGGAAGCAGCGGAACGGCGUUAUACGUCCGUUCCGACCGGCAGAUUGGUACCGACCCAAGAGGUUCAGCCACCCAAAAGACCACUGAAAGCGUCCAGGACCAAACAGCCAUCCAGAGCUAACCUUCCGCUUGUGGCUGUGACUGAGGACGUGAUGCAGUGUACUGCCUUUGCCACAGCAGAUGAAUAUCACCUUGGUAAUCUGUGUCACGAGCUGGCAUCACAUGGCUUUGUUGAAGUAACCACUUUGCCUAGAGAUGCCGCAAACAUUUUGGUGUUUGGUGUAGAAAACAUGGCCAAAGAGCAUGACCUGGGAACAAUCUUCUUCUUCAGGGAAGGGGCCGUCGUGUUUUGGAAUGUGGAGGAUAAAACUAUGAAGCAUGUGAUGCAAGUUCUGGAGCAUCAUGAAAUUCAGCCAUAUGAAGUUGCACUCGUCCACUGGGAGAAUGAAGAGAUUAAUUAUACGAAAGCAGAGGGACAGUCAAAGCUUCAUAGAGGAGAAAUCAGAUUAAAUUCAGAACUGGAGUUAGAUGAAGCCAUUCUGGAGAAGUUUGCAUUUUCAAAUGCCCUUUGCCUUUCAGUAAAGCUGGCUAUAUGGGAAGCGUCACUGGAUAAUUUCGUGGAAUCCAUUCAGUCAAUUCCAGAGGCCUUGAAAACUGGAAAACGGGUGAACCUCUCCCAUGGGCAGGUUAUGCAGAAAAUUGGGGAACUUUUCGCCAUAAGACACCGCAUCAACUUGAGGUCAGACUUCCUAAUGACCCCUGAUUUCUACUGGGACAGAGAAAACCUAGAAGGGCUUUACGACAAAACAUGUCAGUUUCUCAGCAUUGCGCGGAGAGUUAAGGUAAUGAACGAGAAGCUGCAGCACUGCAUGGAACUCACCGAUCUGAUGCGCAAUCAUUUGAAUGAAAAGCGAGCGCUGCGCCUGGAAUGGAUGAUUGUCAUUCUCAUCACCAUUGAGGUAAUGUUUGAACUUAGCAGAGUACUUUUCUGAUGAUUACUGAAGAAAAGCAUCAUCUCUGGCAGGACCGCUCAAUCAUCUUCACUAAUUCCUCAAAUUUCCACUUAACCCCUUUCAAAUUAAAAAAAAAAAACAAGUCUUGGUCUUUAUCAUUCUGUGAUUGUGCUGCUCAAAUAAAAAUUGUGA